UCUCACAUUGCAAGCGGAGGGCUCGACCGAGCCGAAUGCAAUCAGCGCGAGAUCAGCGCCCGCCGGCAUGGCUCGUCUCGCCGUACUCGUGUGGCUCGCAACAUCGCUGGUAGCGUGCUCCAACUGCUACUCCAACAACCAGUCAUUCACCGUUGACUAUGCGAACAACCAGUUCCUCAAGGACGGCCAGCCCUUCCGCUACAUUUCAGGCUCCCUGCACUACUUCCGCGUUCCCAGGGCUUACUGGCAAGACCGCAUGGAAAAGAUGAGACUAGGAGGCCUCAACGCGCUUCAAACGUACGUGGAAUGGAGCAACCACGAACCAGAACCCGGAAAGUUCUACUUCGACGGCGACUACGACCUGAAGACCUUCCUGGACAUAGCGAAGAAAGUCGGCUUGUUCGUGAUCUUCAGACCGGGCCCGUACAUAUGCGCUGAGAGAGACAACGGUGGUUUGCCAUACUGGCUCCUGAGGUUGAACCCAAACAUGAAGUACAGGUCUUCGGACCCUUCCUACCUCUCUCGCGUGGACAAGUUUUUCGGCGUACUGCUUCCGAUGAUCGAGCCGUACCUUUAUAAGAACGGCGGCCCAAUCAUCACGGUGCAGGUGGAAAACGAGUACGGUCAGUACAUCGCCUGUGACAAGGAUUACAUGCGACACCUCGUCAACAUUACGCGAAGAUACCUCGGUGAGGACAUCGUUUUGUUUAGGACCGACGCUCCCGGCGACGCCGCCUACAGGUGCGACAGCGUCGAAGGGCCGCUAGUGACCGCCGACUUCGGUGCGAACGUAGACGUGGACGCCAAGUUCGCUGCCAUAAGGAGAGCCAUGAAACAAGGUCCGCUUGUAGUGACGGAGUAUUAUCCCGGAUGGCUAGACCACUGGGGCCAGCCUCACGCCAAAGUGGACCAGGCUCUUGUGAUGAAGACCUUCGAGAAGAUACUACAGCGAAACGCGUCAGUCAACUUUUACAUGUUUCACGGAGGAACAAACUUCGGAUUCAUGAACGGGGCCAAUCCGCCACCGCAGCCAACCAGUUACGACUAUGGAGCGCCUCUGACAGAAGCCGGCGACCCUAGCGACACCUACUUCAAGAUAAGGGAAGUUGUAGGUCGCUACAUGCCGCUUCCGAAUGGAACGCUACCCGUUCCUGCACUCAAGUUGAAGAUCGGUGCCGUGAAUCUGAACUCGUGCGCUACACUCGAUGCUAUCUGUAGUUUCCUGCGAUCCAAAGGUUACGUCACCCCAGUGUCUUCCCACCGACCACUGUCGUUCGAGGAGCUCGGUCACGCAUUCGGUUACGUGGUGUAUACGACACGGGUGUCAUUUCGACCAUCGAGUCCGGCUAAUUUGGGUGUCCCAGGCAUUAAGAACAGGGGAUACGUGUUCACUGCCCAGACGAAGGCUGUGGUGAGCACUGAUCAGCUGGUGUACAGCGUGCCUGUGGUGGUUCAGAGUGGCCAGAACAUUACUAUUCUGGUGGAAAACACGGGAAGGAUCAAUUACGGACCAGGAAAUCGUGACAUGAAGGGAAUAAUCGAAAACGUCACCCUGGACAACCACGUCCUCUCUGGCUGGACCAUGGAACCACUGCCUUUGGACAAGUCGGAUGCGGUGACGCAGCUGGCAGAGGCCUUUAACACGCCGAACACCGAGCAGAAUUGUUCGGCUCCCGGUGCAUUCUUCGGAAAGUUCGUGCUGCCAGAAGGACAAAAUACGUUGGACACUUUCCUUGACCCGACGGGUUGGGGAAAAGGCGUCGCCUUCGUCAACGGCUUUAACCUCGGGCGAUACUGGCCUAGCAUCGGGCCACAAGUGACCCUAUACGUUCCCGGUGUGCUGCUCCGGCCACAUCCGGAAGAAAACACCGUGAUGCUCUUCGAGACAGAGUCUACGCCAGAAGACCAGAGAAGCGUCAGCUUCGUCGACGUACCGAACAUUGAUGGGCCAGUACCUGGCGACGCUGAUAAUGAUAGAUACUAGGGUUUCACGCAGGACGAUAUGAGUUAGCCCGGACGUAUCGAUAGCGAAAUAUCGAUUUAGAUGCAGCCAAACGUCCUGAACGUAUGCUUCGAGUGCUGAUUGCGACAAUUUAUGAAGGAUCACUGAGGCUGUGUUGCAACGAAGGUUUAUAAUAUGCAGAAAUGCUCUUUCAAUGAGACUUUUGCUGGGAACUCUCAAAUAUAUACAUCAAGGUUACUCACCGACAGACGCAGCAAGUCGUAGGAGCGUUCAUGGGUUAGUUAACCGCUGCUCAUCGGUCAGUAGGAAGUGGCGUAAGGAUGUUCUGACGUCUUGCGGGAGGCAUAAUAGUAUUCCACUGGCCGUAGGUAGCCGACCACUGCGCUAGAUGAUGAAAAAUACAAAAUGUACUAAAUAUAAAAAUCACCAGUUAGUUCG